AUGUAAAAUCCAAAUAUUCCACAAUAUGAAUUUGAUAUUACAAUUUAUAAGGAUUACUUGAAGAAUAAGAUUAUUGCAUUGUUUGAGACCAUGCCUGGCAAUAAAUAGCUAAUUUUGAGUUAGAGAGUCUUGCAAUUACUUAAAUUAAGCAUAGAAAAUAAAUUGCUAUAAGAGAGUGGGAUCAAGAAGACCUUGACAAUAGAGAAUAUAACUUAAAUAGAGAAUGACAUCACUCAGAUCUUUAUCAUCAUCCCCCCCAAAUUGGAUGUAACAAGGAAGAUUGCAAAAAUGAUCAAAGCUGCCAAUGGUCCCAACAACACUUACAAGUUGGUCUUCUGGCCUUCAAGGACAAUCCUAGCCAAGGAAUUAUUGGAAUAGGAGGGGGUUUUGAGUAGUGUGGAAAUAAAGGAUUUUUCUUUUGAUCUCAUUCCACUUGAUUUGGAUGUAUUGAGUUUGGAGAUGCCAGAUGCAUUUAGAGAUAUGAUGAUUGAUUAAGAUUUAUCAAUUUAUAAUUACGUUGCAGAUAGUAUCAAUAGAAUACAGAUCGUGAUGGGCAACAUUCCCAACAUAUAUUGUAAGGGUGAUGGAGCCAAGAUGGUUUAUGAUAUCAUAAAAGUGGAGAACUCCUAAUCGGAUCAAAAUCAAGACUCCUAAGAGGUAGAGUCUCUGAUUAUAUAUGACAGGAGCAUUGACUUGGUUACUCCAAUGUUGACCUAAUUGGUGUAUGAAGGAUUGAUAGACGAAUAGUUUGGUAUCAACGGAAACUUGGUCAGUCUACAAAAGAAGGUAUUCGGAAAGGAAGGGUAAGAGGGAGAGGAAUAUCAAAUAUUGCAAUUGAACUCGGAGAAAGACCCUUUGAUGUACAAGGUAAGAGGAUUGUAAGUGGCAUCCUUAGCCAAGUAUUUGUAUGAGCAAGCAAAACAAUAGGAAGUGGAGAAGACUGAAUUUCAGAAAGAAAAACAAACCCAAUUGAAUGAGAGGAUUGUGCAAUAAGCAAAGAAGAUCAAAUUGGAAUAGGAGUCCAAUUCAAGACAUCUCAAUAUCAGUGGAAAGAUUGCAGAGAACAUUAAAACAAUCUCCUUCUACAAGUUGUUGAGUUUGGAAUAAGGAAUAAUCAAUGGAGAUAAAUCAGAGAGAACUCUGGAUUACAUCGAAGCUAUGAUUCAAUUAGAAAUGGACUUAAACAAGGUUGUAAGGUUGUUAGCCUUGAGAUCCUUAGUCGAUGGAGGAUUGAAACAAAAGCCCUUCGAUUAUAUGAGAAGAGAGAUUGUUCAUGUCUAUGGAUUUAAGACCAUUGCUUUCUUGAACAACUUAUCGAAGGCAGGCAUGGUCUAUAAGUCUGAUGCCAAAUAACUGUUCUUUAAAUUGCAGGAGUAAUUUAAGUUACUCAACGUGGAUAUCAGAUCUGAUGACACAGACCCUAAAGAUCCCGCUUAUACUUAUAGUGGUCAUUGUCCUUUGAUGGCUCGUUUGACUGAAAAGGUGUUUGAUAAGGGAUCAUGGAAACCUUUCAAAACUCAAAUGCAACUCAUUAAUGGCUUUCAAUUAGAGCCAGAAAGACCUAUCAAAUUGAAUAUUCCAGGCAAAAAGCCCAUUGUAAUAGUGUACAUACUUGGUGGAGUCACUUACGGGGAGAUUGCAUCGUUGCGUCUCUUGGGAAAACAAUUUAACAAGGAAGUUAUCAUUUGUACGACUAACAUGACUAACGGGACAAAACUUAUUUCAUCAUUGAGAGAGAGAAUUUGACAAUUAUAUAAAUACAUAGACAAGCUGUUAUUUAAUAUAAUUAUUUUAUUU